CUCCGCCGGCGAGGCGAGGGUGUUUGUUGUGGCUCGGCGCCGCGCGGUGACAGCCUCGGAGGGUGCCGACGAGUGACGAGCGCGAGAGCGGAGGUGUUGUCAUCAGUGAGCCGCUGUGGAUCUGGUUACAAGGCACGUGGUGUGAGCGUUACGACCAGAGGUCUGUGUGACGGUCAACUGAAGGUGUGCUGAGUUUGAAGCUGAGGUGACGUGUCCAACCUCGAAGACAACCUGCUCAUCUGGCUGUGCUAUCUCCCAGCGCCUCUCCUCUGCCGCUGUUUGGCCGCCGUCUCUGGGAGCAGCGCCGAGCCCGCCACGGCCGGCCGGUCCUCACGGUCGGUCGGCUGCUCGAGCCGCGGGCGGAGCAGGCUCCUCGGCCACCGCCGAAGUGAGCGGGCCGGCCGGCCACCGACGCCAUGGUGGACCCCAAGAAGACGGCAGUGAAGGAGGAUGAGGAGCCGGUCACGGCCGAGGCGCUGGAGCGGCGCGGCAAGCGCUGGGCGGCCAACUUUCUGAAGCGCGAGCCGUCACCGCGCCUGCUGCACCAGCUGUUAGAUAAGCUCCUCAGUCCGCUGAAACCCAUCAGUGAUGAGAACAUUGUGGAGUGGAUGCGGUGGAUCAUGGCCGCCGACAAGACUCCGGAGGAGUUUGCCGAACAAGUGCGGAGCUACGACAACGCGCAGCGCUGCGGCAUGGUGUGGACGGCCAAUUUUGUGGCCUACCGGUGUCGCACCUGUGGCAUCUCGCCGUGCAUGUCGCUGUGCGCCGAGUGCUUCCAGCGCGGCAACCACGACGGCCACGACUACAACAUGUUCUGGUCGCAGGCCGGCGGCGCCUGCGACUGCGGAGACCCCUACGUCAUGAAACCGUCAGGGUUCUGCUCGCUGCACGGCCAGACGGACCCGGCCGCCCAGCGCGGCCCGCCCGACUCCCUAAUGCAGCUGCCGCGAGAGAUGAUGCCGCGUAUCUUCUCCCGACUGCUCGUCUACCUGCGGAUAAACAGCCGUGCGGAAAACAUGGAGAGUAACGACGCCAGCAUCAUGCAGCGGUUGGACGGCUACCUCAACUUCCUGCAGGACCUGUGCAACAUGCGCACCGCCAUGCGGGCCUGCAUGACGGAGGCGCUCACAAGUCGAGAGCUGUACCGGGACAUGGACCUGGUGCAGAUCACACAGGACGACGCACACGGCGAGACCAAGCUGCUGCGAGAGGCGUACAGAAACUACGUGGAGGCCGUCAACAGCAUGCCCAACCCGGACGUGGCGCCCGAGCUGCGCGCGCUGUCGCCGGCCCUCCAGGAGAACAUUCAGCACGAGACGAUGCUGGACGAGCUGGUGUUCUGGACGUACAAGUACGAGUUUCCUACCAAGCUGGUCUGCCUGCUCCUCUACAUGCUGCCCGAUCAGCGGUAUAAGGAGUGCUUCACACGCGCGUUCGUGCUGCACUACGCGCGCAUCUCUCAGAUGUUGUCUGCCAGCACCGACCCGGACCCGCUUACCAACCGGGUCGUCCACGUCAGUGUGCAGCUCUUCAGCAACGAGCAGCUGGCGCUGCGGAUGACGGAGGAGCUGCACCUGCUGCAUGCCAUGGUCAUCAGCCUGAAACACAUGACGAGUCAGAUCCUCAUCAACAGCCAGCUACACGACCCAGCACGAAACACGCACAAAGUGGCCAGCUGUGGCGACAAGAUCAUGAAGAACCACUGCUACUGGCCGCUUGUCUCCGACCUCAGUAACGUGCUCAGCCACAAGCCCGUGGCGCUGGCGUUCGUCUCAGACGACGGCCUCCUGCAGAUGUGGUUCUCCUACCUGUCCAUGUACCAGGGCAUGCACGUCAACAUUCGUCAGCUGGACGCGCACGUGGACAUGGAGCCGUCCACCUACUACGCGGCGUUCUCAGCCGAACUGGAGGGCUCCGCGGCCCCCAUGUGGGCGCUGCUGACACACCUGAAGGAGCCGGGCACGGCCGACCUGACCAAGCGGCUGCUGCGGCACGCCUACGCGGCGCUGCAGCAGUGGCAUGACGCCAUCGGCUGCCCUCAGACCUACGAGGAGAUAGUCGAGGACGACAGUAUGGACCUGCGCUGCACGUUCCACUUGCCUCUGCACCGCUACGUGGCGCUCAUCAUCUCGGAGGCGGUGAAGCGUCAGGGCGUCAGUCUGCAGGAGCUGCUGCCCACCGGCAACACCAUGUUCACCCUCAUCAGCCACCUGCUGAAGCUGCAGGUCAGCUUCCACGAGAUCUCUGCGGGCAUGUGGGUGCGCAACGGUAACCAGAUGAAGGGCCAGACGAUGACUUACACGCAGUGCCACUUCUGCUGCUCCAUGGUCGACCCGGACAUCUACCUGCUGCAGCUGGGCGCCAUGACGCUCGACCCCGACAAAUUCCUCACGCUCGUCCUCAAAAAGUUCCACGUGUGGGAGUGGCUGAGUUUCGCACCCAACGCCACCAACUCUCACCUGGAGGCCGACCAGGAGAUACCCAUGGUCGAGGCGUGUCUCACCUUCCUGGCCACGCUGCUCUGCGUGCGCACCUGCGCAGGCAUGCCGGAGGACGAGCUGGCCAAGUUGGAGAUCGCCACGCAGCUGUGUAUGGGCGACAAGACGCACAGCCAGCUCAUGGACCUGCUGCCGGAGAAAUCCGAGCCCAUGAGCAACCCGGCACUGUUCGAGGCCGUGCUCGCUCAUGUGUCCCGGUACCGCGGCCCCGCCUCGGAGGCAUCCGGAAACAUGCAGCAGGGCAUCUACGGACCCAAGGUCGAGGUCUGGGACACGCUCUACGACCCCAUCUACGUGUUUCUGCGCGCCAUGGUGCGCAAGGAAUUCCAGGGAUCCAUGGACCGCUUCACCGCUUAUGUGAAGAGCACCGGCCAGUACACGGACUCUAAGGGCUCGCCGUGGCCGCCGUACAAGGUGCCGCCCUCGCAGCCGCCGCUGCCGGACAUCCCGGACGUGCGCCGCAUCCUGCACUGUAACACCUUCUACGGCGCGAUGCUAGCCAUCCUGCGCCGCUGCGUCAGUGACCCGCUGGUCAGCGAGCAGGUCAUGUCUCUGGCCAUCUUCCUGCUGGAGAUGGCCACCAGAAAACCCGAGAAGGAGUUCACAGGACAGGAGGUGUUCCGCACGGACAUGGACCAGCCGGACGAGUGUGAGGACCUGCAGUUCACCGAGUGGUUCCGCACCCCCUGGAGCGUCGACAACCUGCGCCGCGUGGUCGACAACGUGACCGUGGUCACCGAGCGCGUCUACCCGAGCUCCUCCAGCAGCGAGAGUGACGAGAUGCUGAUGGAGUCGAUGGAGAUGGUGGUGGAGGAGCCCGAGGACGAGGACGUGGGCGUGCUGCACCUGUCGCCGGACGGGCCGCCGCCGCUGGCCGCGCUGCAGACCCAGCAGCGGCCCGCGCUGCUGGCCGGCACCGAGGUGGGCCGGCUGCCGCCCUCAGAGCCCAUGGACCAGUCGGCGGCCGGCGGCAGCGGCGCCGCGCACGCCGGAGCCGUGGCCUCCACCUCUGCGGCCGGCGCCGUGGGCGAGCAGCAGUACUCGGGGCCGCUGGCUCUGGUGGCCUGCAGCGGCGGCGAGCUGGUGCCGCGCUCACAGCAGGGCGACCUUCUGCUGCGCUCGCCGGCCUCUCACGACAUGGGCGAGUCGUGGUACGGUCCGCGCGGCCUGCAGGACGGCGCCGGACCCUCAUCCACCACCACCACCACCUCAGUGGCGUUCGGAGACUCGAUCGUCUCGCUGCUGCUCAAGCUGCACAGCAAGCUCAGCGACCAGCCCGACAGCUACCGCCUGCCCUCGGACGAGCAGCUGGCCAACUUCAAGGAGUCCAGAGUCGGUAACGGGCCUCACUUUGUUGGCCAGCUGCUGACGUUUAUCGCCAAGAAGGACCCGCUGCUCAAACAGCACAUCAAGGAGACCAGGAACCGGCUGUGGCCUAGAGCGACUGAGGACGAGUCGCCGCGCAGUGAGGACCGCGAGGCCCGCCGGCGCAUGGCCCGCGAGCGUCAGCAGCGUCUGAUGCGCCAGUUCGCCAACCGGCAGAGGCAGUUCCAGGAGCAGCUCGAGACGGAGGAGCCCGACGUGGCGGCCAGCAGUCGGCGCGAGCGUAACGUGCGCGAGUACGACUGCGUGAUUUGCGGCCAGAGCUCUGCGAGCACGGCGGAGCGGCCGUUCGGGCUGGUCGUGCUGCUGCAGGCCACCAGCGUGCUGUCGCACCAGCACACGCGCACCGAGCCGCUGCAGCUGCCCGUGGACGAGGAGAGCAGCCAGCAGCUGCGCAGCCGGCUGCGCCACAACCGCGCCGCGUUCGUCGACAGUCGACACGACCGGCUGGCAAGCACGUUCGAGAAUGUGAGUAAGAACUGGCUGCUAUCGAUGAACCUGGGCGUCACGGGCGGCGUGCACGUGCAAACCUGCGGCCACAACAUCCACCUGGACUGUCACCGCAUGUACGUGCGCUCGCUCACCACGCCGGACGCGCGCGGCCAGAGCAUCAACCUGAACAAGGGCGAGUACAGCUGUCCGCUGUGCCGGCAGCUGUGUAACCACGUGCUGCCACUGCUGGAGCCGGACGGCGCGGCGGCGGCCCUGCAGCCGGCCUACAGCCGGGCAGAGGCCUACACCGCCAUCGGACGGCUGCUCAACGACGUCCAGGUGCCAGAGUAUAACAACAACUUUGCGGAGCCGAUAUCGCACGCGAUGGACGGCAUGACUCGCGUGACGUUCCCCAAGUUCCGCAUCACCACGCCGCAGACGCCCGCACAAAACAUCCUUAACUUCGUCAACUCUGUCGCGCGGACACACCUGGAGAUCGAGGUGAUCCAGCGGGACGGCGGUCUGACAAACACGGCCGACGCGGCCGCCCAGCUGGUGCCCAGCGUCAAACGCUCCAGCCUGGUGCCGCUGCUCACCGUGCUCGGCUACAACGCCAAGAUGCUCUCGCUGGAGAACGACCCCACCUACCUACCGGUCAUGUGGUCACGCCUCAACGGGCUCAUACCCAGCGCACGGUCCGAGAUCACACUCUUCCAGCCCGAUGUGCCGCUGCUGCUGCGCGACCCGACGUCGAUGCUGCUGCUGACGGUGCUCACGCUGCCCAUGCCGCUGCCCGUAUCGCUGUACGCCUGUAUCGUGCAGGCGCUCUACAACCUGGCCUACGUGCAGGCGUGUGCGGCGCUGACCUUCCACGUGCCGCACGCGCGGCGCCGCGAGCUGGUGCGCGCGUCCCAGCUGAGCCGCGCCUCGGCCGGCGGCCGACUGAGCUCGAUGGAGGCGGCGCUCGGCCUGGUGGUGGAGCUGUUCUCGGGCGUGGCCGGCCUGUACACCGAGGACGGCGUGGACGAGCUGCUGGCCGACACGUCUCCCCACGGCCUGGCCGAGCAGCUGGCGGCGCGCUGCCUGCCGUUCCUGCGGCUGGCGGCCGUGCUGCGUCUGCACCUGUACCAGCAGCCGCUGCCGGACCCGCGCAGCGCCGACCAGGAGCUGCCGGCCCUGCUGCACUACCUGCAGCUCGCCGAGCCGGCGCCGGUCGCCACGCCGGACGCGCACGGCGCGCUGACCGUGUCGUCCAUGCGCUGGGCGGUGGCGGACGGCGAGGCCGUGGUGCAGGCCUGGUGUCACGAGUUUCUCAGCCUGGCGCAGCACAGUCAGAGCACGGCGCGCGAGCUGGUCCGCCAGCAGCGCUGGUGUCAGCCGCAGCUGCUCCGACUGCCCCGCGAGUACAAGACCAUCUUCCUGUUCUACCACCGUCGCCAGUGCACGCGCUGCGGCCUGAUGCCCAAAGACCCGACCGUGUGCCUGCUGUGCGGCACGCUGGUCUGCCUUCGCGGCCAGUGCUGCAAGGUGGGCACGCAGAACGAGGCGGUGGCGCACAGCGUCGACUGCGGCUCGGGCACCUGUAUCUUCCUGGCGGUGAACAGCAGUACGGUGAUCGUGAUCCGCGGCCGGCGCGCCUGCCUCUGGGGCUCCGUCUACCUGGACUCGUUCGGAGAGGAGGACAGAGAGCUCAAGCGCGGUCGGCCGCUCUUCCUCUGUGAGGAGCGCUACCGUCUGCUGCAGAACCUGUGGCUCUCGCACGCGUUCGACAACACGCGCCGGCGCUGGAUCUGGCACAAGGAGAUGCUCUGACGGGCCGGCAGCGCGCCUGCCGUGCAGGGCCGCAGCGGGCCCGCACCCCACCUCCCCCUCUGUGCCAGUGCGAGAGAGCGGCGCCGUCACGAGUGGCCGGCCGCCGCCGCGCCCAGCCGCCCGUCAGUACUGGUAUAUGUAAGCUUUAUGGAGUUCUAUGGGACAGAGACGGCUGGCCGGGCGGACGGACGGGCAUGGUGCCACUCCGUGCGUGUGCAAUUCGCGAGCGAGUGCGAGCGCGUCAGCGAGAGAGCGGCCGUGGAACUGUGAGCGCCGUGAGACUGUGAACCUGUGACUGUGAGACUGUGAGACCGUUUGACAGUGUACAUUCCAGAUCUGUUGGCAGGAAUAUCGUGUCUGGCCGCCCGGACGGGCCGGCCCUGCAGAUAGUGUACAUACUUGCAUAAUAUGGUCGUUUAUCUCGGCGUGUAGAUAUAAACUGCGUUCGCUGGUGUUUUCUGGCGCGCGUGUGCGCGAGCUCGGCCUCACAGGGUGAGCACGGCGCGGUCCGAGUGGGCGUGCCGGGCCGCGCGCUAUACGGUAUACAUACAUACGGAGUGUGUGUGAACGCGAGUGAGCCGAGUGAGCGAGUGCCGUUUGUGGGCGGACCUGGAGCGCCGCGGACGGGGCGGCCGUAGCGCCGCCGGCCGGUCGCGACCCGCGCCACUCUUACUAUGCCAGUGUGCUGGAAUGGAAUGUUCUGCUAAAUAAAUCUUAACCUUGUGAA